AUGAGUAUCUGUGCUUGUGAUGUCUGGUUGAGUUCUAACGUAUUACCCUAUACUGUAUGUUUGUCUUUUUUUUAUGUCACAGGAGGGAAUGGCCAAACCGUAGAAAUGGAUGAUGGAAAGUCAGGGUACAUGGGUUCAAAAGUAGAUCUUCGCUGUCGGUUCAUCAACAGCUCGCCGCCCGUCAAAAUCUCACAGGUGACAUGGCAGAAACUGGUCAAUGGCACUAAGCAGAACGUGGCCAUCGCCAACCCGUCUCUCGGAGUGUCUGUGGCUCCGCCCUACAAGGACCGCGUUAGCUUUAAGAACGGCGCCGUGAGGCGUCGGACGCCGACCCUGGAAGACACCACCAUCACCUUUUCCUCGCUGCGCUUGUCCGACGAAGCCACCUACAUCUGUGAAUACACCACCUUCCCUGCGGGCAACAGGGAGAACAAGGUCAACCUGACAGUUUAUGUUCGUCCGACCACUCAGAUGAGCUUAUCCACACCGACGCUGGUGGCUCGCGCAUCCAACCUGAAGACGCCGGUGGCGUCGUGCGUCUCCGCCAAUGGGAAACCACCUGGUGUUAUCAGGUGGGAGACCAGGGUGCCUGGCGAAGUGAGCACCCGCGAGUACAAAAACUCAGAUGGCACCUUCACCAUUCAGAGUGACUACAUUUUGGUGCCCAGCAGGGAAACACACAAGGAGACGCUCACUUGUGUUACCUCCUACAACGAGGAGGUGUUCACCGACAGCGUCACCCUUGAUAUUCAGUAUGAACCUGAUGUUUUGGUAGACGGCUACGACGGAAACUGGUAUCUGAACAGAGAAAACGUCCAGCUGAGCUGCCAAGCAGACGCCAAUCCGGCAGUGUCUCUCUAUCAGUGGAGGCUGAUAAACGGCUCCAUGCCGAGUAUUGCCGAGAUCCGAGACAACGUCCUCAUCUUCAAAGGUCCAGUCACGUACGAUCUGCAGGGUACUUAUGUGUGCGAUGCCACGAACAGUAUCGGGACCAGAUCGGGCUUCGUUGAGGUCAGCGUUAUAGACAAGCCGCUGCCGCAGAUAGCGACCGGUGACGUCAUCAGCGUGGUGGCCUUAUUGUUGGCUGCCGGCGUUUUAAUGGGAAUUACCAUCACAGUGCUGGUGCUCAAGAUCCGAAGCAGAAAAGAUGACAGCUCAGAUGACUCCCCAUCAAGGAAACUGUCCCAGCCGAUAGGCAAAAGACCCGCUGAAGAAAUUCAGCAUUCUGGGCGUUUCUACGAGGAGCUUCCGAACACAGCGGACUACGUGAGUUACAGACUAGCCUGCAACAAGGAGGACUACCCGGAGCCCUACUCCCCUCCUAUCAAUCCUCCGCUGUCUUUCCUGCCCCAACACCCCUACCACUCUCCACAAGCCACUACGAUCGCAGCCAGCAGCAGUAGCAGCACCAACUCGUCCAAGAACACCUUUUCUCCGCCCUUGCACUCCGCCGCCAUUUUUAAGUACCCCUCAGUUUCGGGCAUGUCCUCUCCUACCCCGGGGAUCGGGACGUACACGUUUCCCAAAGAGCAGUACGUCUGA